AUGUCUCGGGCUGUCCUCAUCACCGGCGCCACGGGCAAGCAGGGCGGGGCCGUCGUGAGUGCGUUGCUCAAGGCCAACGCCGAUUUUGAAAUCCUGGCUCUCACGCGCAAUGUCCAAUCAGCAUCUGCUCAGCGCCUUCUUAAGAAAUCGCCUAGGAUCAAGUUGCUACCCGGGAACUUGGACGCAUCUGAGAGUAUCUUCCAGAAAGCGAAGGAGGUGACCAAGACGCCCGUAUGGGGAGUCUUCAGCGUCCAGGCAGCUAUAGGCGGCGGCGCCAACGCCCGGACCGAGGAGGUCCAGGGCAAAGCUUUGAUCAAUGCCUCGCUCAAUAACGGCGUCAAACAUCUGGUAUACUCGUCGGUCGACCGCGGCGGCGCCAACUCGGACCACCAUCCGACAGACAUCCCGCACUUCAUCAGCAAGCACAACAUUGAGCAGCACCUGUAUGAUAAGGCCAAAGCCGGCGGGAUGAAAUGGACCGUUCUCCGUCCCGUCGCUUUCUUCGAAAACCUCGUGCCGGGCUUCAUGGGCAAGCUCUUUGCCACCAGCUGGAAGACCAACCUGAAGGAGGACCAGAAGCUGCAGCUGAUCGCAACCAGCGACAUCGGCUUCUUCGCUGCCGAAGCGCUCACGAAGCCGGAAAAGUACGCUAACAAGAAGCUCAGUCUGGCGGGUGACGAACUGACCUACGGCGAAUUUGCUGCCAUCUUCAAGGAGAAGACCGGGACCGAACUACCCACAACGUACAACUUCAUCUCUACCAUCAUAAACUCGCUAUUCAAGGAGUUUGGGUACAUGUUCAGAUGGUUCCGCGAUGUCGGUUACGCAGCCGACAUCCCAGCCCUGAGAAAGAUCAACCCUGACCUCAAGGACUUCAGAACCUGGCUUGAGAAGGAGAGUCAGUUUAAGACGAGAUGA